UGUCUUGUUCCCCAACAUGUCUCCGUUUCCGCUUCCUCCUCGGGUAUUUGGGUGUGUCUACUUCGUCCAUAAUCUGGGUCCCGGGACUAACAAGUUAGAUGCACGAUCUCUUAAGUGUAUCUUCCUUGGCUAUUCCCGGACUCAGAAAUGGUACAAGUGUUACCAUCCCAGUUCUCGUCGUUCCUUGUUAUGUGCUGAUGUUACUUUCUUCGAGUUUACUCCGUUCUUCGUGGGGUCCGGUGAUGCUGCUUCCUCCACAUCACCUCCUCCUCUUCCCCUUCUUGUGGCUGAUCCUCCUCCUCUGAUUCCAGUCGUGCCUACGUCCUUGCCUCCGGUGCCACCGUCCGUUGACUGUCCACCUAUCCGUCACGUGUAUACACAUCGCCCACGUGUACCGGCUGCGACUCCUCCGGCUUCAUCACCGUCGACAGACCCAGCUCCAGAUCCGACACCGGCCUCCGCCCUUGAUCUUCCUAUUGCCUUACGGAAAGUUCAUCUCUUUGUUAUCCUCAGUGGUUGUUCCUAAGGAUGUCCAGGAAGCCCUUACCUCUCCAGAGUGGUGCCGUGCUAUGGAAGAAGAGCUCUCUGCUCUGCAUCAUAAUCACACUUGGGACCUCACCGCUCUUYCUCCUGGGAAGCAGGCUGUCGGUUGUAAGUGGGUGUAUACCGUUAAGUACUUGCCAGAUGGUCGUGUUGAGCGCCUGAAGGCGCGGCUGGUUGCAAAAGGGUGCUUCCAAACCUAUGGCAUUGACUACACAAAGACAUUGUCCCCGGUUGAUAAGAUAGGGUCAGUUCGUGUUGUCAUCUCCCUUGCAGCUAUGUAUGAUUGGCCUCUAYAUCAACUAGAUAUAAAAAAUGCCUUUUUGCAUGGU